UGCACGUUUCAAUAUCGUAUUUAUUACGUUUAUAUCGUUGUAUUCUUCAUUGUGUGUUCAUACUUUUAUUCAAAUAAACAUCGGUGAAUCCGUAACGUUAUAUUUCAAUUCAUUAUUUUCUCUACGACUCAAUACUCAAAUAAAAUAUUUCGUUACACUGGCAUCUUGGUUUUCUAUGCCAAAAAUGUAUGAAAUUUCUCAAAUUUCUUAAUUUCGACAUUAUAAAGUUCACAAAGCCCUUACUAUUUAGUACCAAUAAAUCCCAUUUUUGACGAGCUUUCAUUUGGUAUAAAAUUCAUUAUAUGCUCUUCCCUGAAAUAAUAUUAUUUCCUAUGGGGUAUCAUGCCGGCUGCUAACGCCCAUAUAUAUGAAAUAUUAUUAUUUAUUUUGAUGUUAGGUUGAUAAAUAUCGUGUAAGAAAAAAAUAUCCAUAUCCACCUACAAUAUGGGAUGGAGAAGAAAAAAGUCAUUGUUUUAAAGAAGGAACACGUUCAUUAUUACGAGAAUAUUAUUUAGAAGAUCCGUAUCCAAAUCCAUUAAAAAAACGUCAACUUGCACAAUCAACUGGAUUAUCAGCAAUACAAGUUGCUAAUUGGUUUAAAAAUCGGCGACAACGUGAUCGAGCUGCACAAACUAAAAAUCGACAAUUAUGUCAUUUAUCUAUUCAUUCUCAUUCAUCAUCAUCAUCAUCAACUCAAUCAUCAUCAACAACAUAA